AUGGGGAACACUCAUCCAGCAUCAACAUCUCAAAAUCCUCAAGUUACUCUAAAUUCGAGUCGAGUUUCACUGAAAAAUCGCAAGAAAUUGGGAAGACAAAGAAGAUUAUCGGAUCCAAGUCAAAAGGUUGGUUUAGAGAAGCGAGGGCGAAAUUUGGGCAAGGAAUUUCAAAAAUUGACAGGAUCAUUUGAAAUUCAUGAAAAUUGAGCCUUUCUCGAGGUUCAAAAAAGUAUCAAAGUUCAAAAAUCUCGUAGACCCUAAUGAGAGAACGUUUUGGAGAACGGCUGAAAAUUUGAUUUUCAUUAAUUACAUUUAAAAAUGAAUUUAGAAAAAUCAAUAAAUUUAUAAUGCUCUGAUUAGUUCAAGAAUCAGUUUCAGAAGGUUUGGAAAACGAAAAUUGAGCUGAUUUUUCGCAAAAUUUUUGAUCAUGAAAAUUAAAAAAACACAUUAAAUUGAAAUUUCAAAAAAAUCUAGAAUCUGCAGAUGUGUACAUUACGAGCAGCUUCAUCUCAACCACCUCCAUCCACAACUCCUCCAACAAUUCAAAUCAACGGAAAAGAAAGUUUUGAUGAAAUCGAUGUGUCACAAAUGCGCGCAAAAAGUGCGAGUACUGUAGGUUUUCUUGUGUUUAUUUUUUGAAAGCCAUAUUCAAGCCAAACAAUUUAGGACUUCUCGAAUAUCGCAACUACGGCUUCUGAACGACGAAGAAUGUUUCUAUCAUCAACACACAAUUCGAAUGCGAGGUUGGGAAUUUUUUCAUAAACAUAUUUUGAAAAGUGAGGAUUUCAGAAGUUUGGACGAAUCAAUGUCGGCAAAAAUGCGAGCUCUGAUGCGAGCCAAAUCGCAUUCACCGUUGAAACAAAUGCGAACAUAUUCGUUUAGAUCAAUGUCGAGCGAAGAGAAUUUGAUAGACAGAGAGGUACGGUAGUUGAUCUGGGAUAAAAUGGAAGAGUUUGGGAGAACAAUUCUUGAACAUACGUCAGUUAAACUCUGACAGAAUUAGAACUUUAUAUUUCUUAUUGGCUGGCACAUUUCUUGUAGUUUCAAAUAAAUUUUUUAGUUCUGAAAAUGCGUCAGCUAAAACUUUCACUGACCCAUUUCUAUUGAAGAAAAUACAUUAUUUUUGAUGUUUUCUAUAUAUAAAUUUCAAGAUUGUCCCAGCAAAUCACAUAACAAAAUUUCUAAUUCUUCACACCAUCAAUUUUUCCUCAAGUUACAACAUUUUCACAGUUGCAUUUUCCAUCUACAGUAUCCCUCCUCCCUUCCAAAACCCACCUCUUCUAAUUCCAGAGUUGCUCACUAGUCCUCGAUUCUUGGCGACUCGUCGAAUCUCGCGCCACAAAAGAACGUGAAAAUUGGGAUUUCGGACAUUUUGUACUUCAGCGAGUCUUCAAUAAAAUGCCCGAAUUGGCUCGAUUGUUUGGUUUGGCCGAAAAUGAGGAUCUCACAACGAUUCCCGAAAAUCACGCAGUUCGAAGACACGCAAAAUUAUUCACUAAUGUUUUGCAUUUGAGUGUUAAAAAUAUGGAUGAAUUAGAGAUGCAGGUGGCUCCGACUGUUUUCAAAUAUGGAGAAAGGCAUUAUCGACCUGAUAUUGUGAGUUUGUAAGAAAUUGAGCAUAAUUCAGAAAUAAUUUGAAUUUUAAAAAAUUGAAUUUGAAAAACUUUGGCUCUGUAAACUCAAAAUUUCAAUUAAAAACAAUUUCAGAGCCCUCAUAUGACAGAAGAAAAUGUUCGAAUAUUCUGCUCUCAAAUCGUGUGCACAGUUUUCGAUUUUCUAGUCGAUUCUGAAGCGACCCCAAAAUGUGCUGAAGCCUGGAUUGAAUUAUUACGGUACUUGGGUCAAAAACUAUUGGAUGGUCAUGAAUUCGCAAAAUUGGUAGCCGAGAAGAAAAUAUCGAUUAAUCGAAAUGAUCAUCAUUUAUUUUUGAUGUUAUGA